AUGAGGGUGGACAGCCUGGGUUGGAAAAGGUAGCUGGGAACGGGACGGCACAACGAGACUGUCCCCAAAGCCUGUUUUUGGUGGCGUCUGUUGUCCCAGCAGAGUGUGUUUUCAAAGUUCUGAGGGACAUUUAAUCCAGGGAGACACACUAGAAAAACAGCCCACCCUGGCCUGGCUCUCGCUCCAUCCCUCCCUCCCUCCCUCGCAGGGCUGCUGUGGGCCUCUGUUGAGCGGGAAACUGAGAGGGCCACUAUCCACACCCAUCCUCUUGCUUCCCUCCACUCCUGGCUCGUUAGUAUCAUGUGUUGAUAUAGAGUUUGGGGAGAUACAAUUCUAUUGUACUGCUAAGAGAAACUGCAAUAUAAUUCCACCACAUUCUAUCCUCAUAUCCUCCACAUAAAACAAGUGGUUCACUUUAGACUGUUUUAGACUGUUUUCCACCUGUGUUUCGACCGCCUCUAACUGUCACUGGUCUCCUUUCUCUCCAGGUGUACAAGUGACUACGUGGGUAGCCGCUGCCAGUACCCCAACCCCUGCAACCCCUCACCAUGCCGCAACGGCGGCGAGUGCCGCGCCGUAUCCCACGGCAACACUUUUGACUUCCGCUGCAUAUGUCGGCUGGGCUUCUCCGACCAGCUGUGCCUGACGCCUACCAACCACGCCUGCAUGAGCUCGCCCUGUCGCAAUGGAGGGACUUGUGACCUGAUCACGCUCUCCGACUACCGCUGCCGCUGCCCGCCCGGCUGGUCAGGUAAGAUAUUAAGAUGUAUAUUUUUAAGGUCAUUUCUGAUUUUAGUGAGCAGAUAGUGGGAGAGGAUGACAGUAGGGAAAUCUAGAGAUACACUAUCUAUACAAAAGUAUGUGGACACCCCUUCAAAUUAGUGAAUUUGGCUAUUUCAGCCGUGCAAUCUCCAUAGGAAAACAUUGGCAGUAGAAUGACCUUACUGAAGGGCCCAGUGGCUUUCAGCGUGGCACCGUCAUAGGAUGCUACCUUUCCAACAAAUCAGUUCGCCCUGCUAGAGCUGCCCCGGUCAACUUUAAGUGCUGUUAUUGUGAAGUGGAAACGUGUAGGAGAAACAACGGGAAACGUCUAGGAGAAACAACGGCUCAGCAACCAAGUGGUAGGCCACACAAGCUCACAGAACGGGACCACCGAGUGCUGAAGCGCGUAAAAAUCAUCUGUCCUCGGUUGCAACACUCACUACCGAGUUCCAAACUGCCUCUGGAAGCAACGUCAGCACAAUAACUGUUCGUCGGGAGUGUCAUGAAAUGGGUUUCCAUGGCCGAGAAGCCACACACAAGCCUAAGAUCCCCAUGCGCAAUGCCAAACGUUGGCUGGAGUGGUGUAAAGCUCGCUGCCAUUGGACUCUGGAGCAGUGGAAACACGUUCUCUGGAGUGAUGAAUCACGCCUCCCCAUCUGGCAGACGAAUCAGGGUUUGGCGGAUGCCAGGAGAACCAUACCUGCCCGAAUGCAUAGUGCCAACUGUAAAGUUUGGUGGAGGAAGAAUAAUUGUAUGGGGCUGGUUUUCAUGGUUUGGGCUAGGCCCCUUAGUUCCAGUGAAGGGAAAUCUUAACGCUACAGCAUACAAUGACAUUCUAGACGAUUCUGUGCUUCUAACUUUUUGGCAACAGUUUGGGGAAGGCCCUUUCCUGUUUCAGCAUGACAAUGCCCCUGUGCACAAAGCGAGGUCCAUACAGCAAUGGUUUGUCGAGAUCGGUGAGGAAGAACUUGACUGGCUUGCACAGAGCCCUGACCUCAACCUCAUCAAAUGCCCAUGAUUUUGUAAUGAGAUAUUCAAUGAUUAGGUGUCCACAUACCUUUGGUCAUGUAGUGUAGGUUGUUUCAAAGGGCAAUAGGCUGGGUUCGAACUAAUGCCGACACUGUAAACGUGUGCCGGAGGCUGCAGCAUUACCGUUCGGUCUAGCCAGGACACACAAGGUUUUAAGACGCUGUGUUAGGGGCCAGAAGAUUUUCCUGUUCAGGUCACAUGGUCAGAGACUGGGAACUCCUGGCUCUAUCGAUUUUUCUAUUGAAUUCACAACUUGAUUAUUCCCUCUGGAGUAAUUUGAUGGUUGUGGUUGAAGUGUACCCAGCUGGCACAUUUGGUUCCUUGGAAGUUGUGGGAAUGUACGUUUUUGGUUUUCCAUUGGUUCUGGGAACGAAGCCAUAAGUACCGGUAAAACAGAACAUUUUAAAAACAUUCUGAGAUGGGAAGUGACAUUUUGCCUGUUCUAGGAACCUGAAUUUUUAAGUUGCAGGGAGGUUCUGAUAAUCUUUUACUACUGAACGUUUUCCUGGGAGGUUUUAUUAACAUUCUGAGAGUGGAGAUUUUAGGUUAUUUGGAGUUUUUUUAAUAACCUCCUUAACUUUCACUGAAUGUUUCAAUAAUACUUUUAAUAACACUGCUAGAUUAGUUUGUGUUAACUGUUUUGAAUUCCAAGCACAGAUAUGACACAUGGAAAUUAAUUUGCUUCCACAUGAAUCAUGCAAACAUCUUUUUUCUUUUUUGUGACAUGCUGUCAGUGAGAUUCAAACCUAUGGUCUUCUGUCCUCAUACCAAUGGAAUUAGCCCAAUGUGCCACCAGGAUGGAGCUAGCAUGCCAUGUUUUUUUUUUACUCAUACAAAGCUGUUCAUUUUAGUCUAUUCAAACAGACCCCAUUUAAAAGGAAACAAGCACUCACUAAGAUCAGGUGUGGCCAAUUAGUGGGCGCGGCCAACAUACCUGAAAACACUUAACAGGAUUGAGGAUAGAGAGAGUUUUGUUGAUUCUGAGAACGGAAUGUAUAUAUUUUUGUUAGCUAUAUGUGUGACAACUCCACCAGUCCUAUUUAUAAUAUAGUUUACAAAGAUUAUACCGUUUUUAAUGUUUAUCUUCCAAAAAAUAAUGAUUUUUAAAAUCAAUUAGUAUAUUUGAGUUUAACCAUAGUAUUGGUUGUAAUAUUUGUUCUGUCUUUUCUGGUGGAUUAAACUGAAAUUACAACCAACUUUCUAUGGCUUGUUUAACUAUAGCUACACAAUCCCCCGAACUCAACCAAAUUUAGAUGGUUUGGGGUGAGUCGGACUGCAGAGUGAAGGAAAAGCAGCCAACAAGUGCUCAGCAUAUGUGGGAACUCCUUCAAGACUGUUGGAAAAGCAUUGCAGGUGAAGCUGGUUGAGAGAAUGCCAAGAGUGUGCAAAGCUGUCAUCAAGGCAAAGGGUGGCUAUUUGAAAAAUCUCAAAUAUAAAAUAUAUUUUGAUUUGUUUAACACUUUUUUGGUUACUACAUGGUUCCAUAUGGGUUAUUUCAUAGUUUUGAUGUCUUCACUAUUAUUCUACAAUGUAGAAAAUAUUUAAAAAAUAAAGAAAAACCCUUGAAUGAGUAGGUUUUCUAAAACUUUUGACCGGCAGUGUAUAUUUUGGAGAUUAUUUCAUUUUCAAAUAACUGAAAGUGAGAGGUUGUAAUCUGAAUAAAGGGGAAAAAGGCCGUUCUUGGACAUGGGGUGAGACAUUCUUACUAAUCUGCUAGAGAACCAGUUCGGUUUUAAGUAUAACGUUUGAAUGACUGAAGCCUUUAGUGAGAGGUCUAAUGCUUUAAUAUUUAAUCAUUUCUGCCCUCUGAAUUCAUAUUCAUUAUAUAUAUAUAGGCCCUUUUAAUUUUGUUUGGCUUGCCAUUCCAAACAAAAUUUAAUAUUUUUUGCUCAUAUAAUUUAAAAAACAAGUCGAUAGGUGUAGGCAAGGCCAUAAGCAAAUGGGUAAACUGGGAUAUGACUAAAGAGUUAAUCAGGGUGAUUUUUUUCACAAAUAGACAGGUAUUUUUCUUUUCCAUGGUUUCCAACUUUCUAUUAAAAUGUAUUGUAUUGAGAAUUUAUUGAUUUCGGGAUAUGAAUACCGAGUAUGUUCAGUUCACCGUCAGACCAUUUUAUUGGUAAACUACACAGUAAUGUAAAAGUUGUAUAUUUUAGUGAUCCAAUACGUAAUAUAGUACAGUUAUCAUAAUUUGGUUGUAAUCCAGAGAUGUUAGAACAAUUAUCUAGAUCCUAUGAGGCUGUGGACGGAUCCAAAUUGUGGAUUAAAAAAAAUAUGAAUCAUCAGCGUACAAUGGCACUUUUGUUUUAAGCCUUGGAUUUCUAGCCCCUUGAUAUUAUUGUUGGAUCUGAUUUUAAUAGCUAACAUUUCGAUGGCCAUAAUAAAUAAAUAUGCCGAUAGUGGACAACCUUGUUUUACUACUCUUGACAGUUUAAUACUUUCUGAGAAGUAGCCAUUAUUUACUAUUUUAUACCUAGGGUUACUAUACAUAACUAUAUUUUAACCCAUUUUAUAAGAGAUUCUCCAAAAUUGAAAUAUUCCAAGCAUUUAUAUAUAAAUUCCAGUCGUACUUUAUCAAAAGCCUUUUCAAAGUCAGUUAUGAAUACCAGGCCUGGUUUCCCACAUUUUUCAUAGUGUUCUAUUGUUUCCAGUACUUGUCUUAUAUUAUCUCCAAUGUAUCGUCCAUGUAAAAAACCUGUCUGAUUUAGGAUUAAUAAUAUCCGACAAUACCUUUUUUAAAUUCUAUGCGCUAUGCGUUUUGCUAGAAUCUUUGCAUCACAACACUGAAGUGUAAGGGGCCUCCAGUUUUUUUAAUGGACUGGAUCUUUAUAUUUAACAUUUGGGUCCUGUUUCAGUAAUAAUGAAAUCAGACCUUGUUGAGUAUCUGAAAAUCUACAGUUUUUAUAGGAGUGGUUAAAACAUCCUAAUAACGGUGCUCUGAGUACAUCAAAAAGGUUUGGUAUACCUCAACUUGUAUGCCAUCCAGCCCUGGAGUUUCCCCAGACUUAAAGGCUUUAAUUGUAUCAAGAAAUUCCUCCUCUGUAAUUUGGCCUUCACAUGAGUCUUUCUUCUGAACAGCUGUUCAUUUUACAUUAUUAAUAGAAAAAGAUCCUUACAAUUCGGUUAGUGGAGAUGGAGGAGAUUGAAACAAAAACAUAUGCUUAAAGUACUUUGCUUCCUCUUUCAAAAUAUCGUUUGGUGAAUUAUGGUCAUUUGUUUCAGUAAAUUAUUUUUUGGUAGCUUUUCUAUGUUGAAGAUCCAAAAAAAAUAAUUGGUGCAUUUUUCCCCAUAUUCCAUCCAGUUCACUUUAUUUUUAUAUUACGCUUGAUCUUUGUUGAAUAAGUUCCUCCAUUUGUUUUUGUUUUUCCUCUAACUUAUUAUGUGCCGCUAUGGUACAGUUUUAUUGCUAUCUAUCUGUACUGUUAGUCCCUCUAUUUUGUUUGUUAAUAUGAACUCUUUUGACCUAAAUUGCUUUUGUUUUAAAGAUGAGUAUUGAAUUGCAUUGCCUCUAAAGGCACAUUUAAGUGUCCCAUAUAAUAAGGGGAUCUGCUGUAGCUAUGUUAUGUCGGAAAAAGUAAGUUAUAAAUUAUUCUGUCCUAGUUAAAAACAAGUUGUCAUCCAAUAGGCUUUUGAUUAAAUGUUAAAUAUCCUCACCCACGUGGAAAUUCUGUAAGUGUAAAGUAUAUGCCAAUUAUUUGAUAGUCUGACCGCAUUCUGUCUGCUAUCAACACUUUUUUUAAACUUUUGGUGCCAGUGAGAAUUACAUAAGAAAGUAGUCAAGACGACUAGCUUGAUUGAGCCUCCACCAUGUAUAUCUCACUAGGUCAGGAUAUUUAAGCCUCCAUAUAUCCACUAGUUCCAAUAUAUCAAUGAUAAUCCUGAUUUCCAUUAACUGCAUGAGGGUGAUAGUUUGUGGUGUGAUUUCCUUUACGGUCCAUUGCGGUAUUUUAAACCGUAUUAUAAUCUCCCUCCAUAAUAAGGGAGAUUAUAGUCUUGUCUGUUUUCCACACAACUUCAUCUAAAAUUGUUGAGUGAGUUUCCUGUAACAAUAGAUAUUAUAUUCCUUCUCUUUUAGCCAGGUAAAUACUGAUCGUCUUUUCUUAUUAUCUGCUAAGCCAUUACAAUUAUAACUGGCAAUACUUAUUUCACCAUUUACCAUAAUGAGAUACAAGUUUCAACUCUAUUUAUCAUAAUAUAUGUUUAUAAACUUACCAUUAAAAAGUACCGUCAUGAUUGAGUGUCCAUAUAGCUGUACCAUGAUAUUUGCACUGCUACUAAGUAAACCUCCAAUUGUUGAUCUAUGGGUCUUUAGCUAAGUCCAGCUAACCUUUUGAUAUGCUGAUGAUAUGCUGAGCAUCAUGACUUGCUUACAUUUUUUACAUUUAGUUAUGCUCAUGUCAGUUAUUUUAUUUGUCCUUCCUCUCUUCUUAAGGGAUAGAGUCCAGACAAGCUAUUUUAGGAAACGUUAUAUUAGGCCUAUAGUGUAAUGCUAAAAUAAUGUAGCAUAUCAAAUGAAUUGACAAGGAAAGUUUGAAGAGGGAGAGAGAGACAGCUAUAGUAUUACUAGAGACGUUGGUUAUGUCAUUAUUAUCCCAGCAUGUGCCUUAUUCCAGAGGAAGAUUUGCACUGGAUUAGUUUUUCCUAAAUGCCCCAUGUAAUUCUUACUUUUUUAAAUUCAAUUGAGUCUAUGCCGGAAGCCUGGUGGUUUUCAUUCUAGGCAUAAGGAUAUUUCAACAUCAUGUGUAGAUGAUAAAAGGCUACACUGAUCACUUGUGCUUCGCUGCCAAAUGUAUAGGUGUCCCCAUAGGGUUAAUAUUUAAAUUGAGGAAAUGUGAUCAUAAUCAUUAUUUUAACGAUCCACGUUAGACGUCCCUCCUAGUCAAAAGGCUCUCCAUCCUGCUGAAAUGAACUGCUGGACAGUGCACUUGCACUUGAUAUGCAUUUAUGGAUGAGAAAGUGAACUUGCCAUUUCCAAAAAGGAGCUCAGUGGGGAAUCGGGGAUUCCCUGCUUUGCGAUCUGUUGCCUACGUCAACAGCCACUGUCAGCCAGGGUUUCAUUAAAUAGGCCUAGGCACUAUACUUUUUUAUUGCACAUUUAAUUCAACUGACGAUUUGGAGAUAUUCAUCUUCAAUUAAUUGGCACAAAAUGGACAUCAGAAAAAUAUAUAUUUUUGUCUCUGGCUUGCAUAACAUAGGUGGUGGUCGCCUAAAUUCAUUGUAGUAGGCAAGGCCUAAUAUAUAGGCUAGCAUACGAAUGGUGGAUUAAUAGCCCAGCCUAUUAAUUAACUUCUAAUUUACACAUCUCAGUCUUUACUUCUCUGUUCCCUUCUUGCGCAAUUCAUGCAUCUCCGCUUGCAUCUCCACUGGCCUCUCUCUCUUCCAUCCUCUCUCUAUUCCUCUUAUAGCUCUUGAACCAGUAGCCUAGCCCAAUACGUGUCCCAGAAGUAGCAAUAUAGUUUGGUCACUUGUUUUGAGCAAUUAAAAAAUCAUUAUAUUCGAGGAAAGAGGCACCUUGCUCUUGCUUGCUGGAUAUAAAAUAGGCUACAGCUUUCACAAUGAACUAGCAGGGAAGUUUGAAUGGCAAGAGCUUCUCUGGUGUAAUGUGAUCACAUUGGCUGGUGGUAAAAAUGCAAUAAACGGGAAUCUUCCGUUCUCCACACGCCCCCAAUGUUUAUGUUUACAAUUAAAUGUAUUACGUCAGCAUGCCCAAUGUUACCAAUCAAAUGUAUAAAUUAAAGUUUUCAUAUCAAUUUAAUUUGCAUAAAUAUUGUGAUUGGAUGAUAGCUGUGAGGGUUGUUGAAUCAGGAUUAAAUCCUCUGAUCUCCUCGAGCUCAAUAAUGAUAUAAUGUUCAUAUUUGAAGAUUGCCGAAAGGCCAGUCUCUUUGGGAAAUGAUAGGAGUGGAAUGUAAUAGCUGAACAGAGACGGCAACCAGGCUAAUGAGAUACCAAGUAAAUAACGUUUAUAUAAGUUCCUUAAAUGUGCUGAGAAUGUUCCAAAGCCAAUCAACUAUCCUGCACCAUUCCCAGAAGGUUGUGGGAAGGUUGUAUGCAAAAUAACCAUAGGACAACCACACUCUCACCAAGCUCGAAGAAACAUAUGGUUAUCAGAACAUUAUGUGCUAGCUGGGGAUGGCCUAAAUGAUGUAACCAAAUGAAAUACUUGUUCAUGCAGGUAUGUUUGACGUGAUUUCAUUGUUAGUUUUUUCUUUGUUGUUGUCCUAUCCUCCUCCUCUAGGGAAGACAUGCCAGAUCGCCAACCCCUGUGCCUCCAACCCCUGUGCCAACGGUGGACAGUGCUCGCCCUUCGAGUCCCACUACAUCUGCGCGUGCCUGCCCGCCUUUCAUGGCCAGACCUGCAAGCAGGACGUCAAUGAGUGUACCCAGAUGUCAUCACCCUGUCGUAACGGGGGAGUGUGUGUGAAUGAGGUGGGCUCCUACCACUGCCGCUGCCCCCAGGAGUACACGGGUGCCCACUGCGAGACCCCCUAUAUGCCCUGCAGCCCCUCUCCCUGCCACAACGGGGGCACUUGCGUGCAGAAGGGGGACACCACCUAUGACUGCAGCUGCCUGCCAGGUAACCCUUCACCCCUUUGCUCAAAUCUAUUAAAAUACUUUAUCUGUGCCUGUUUGAGCGUGCCUGGCGUUGACUUUUCAAUAAUUUGUGUUUACCAAAGAGGUACUGGCAGGAAUUGAUUAAUAGAGAGCUGUUGUAGCUUGGAUGUGAUUGGUGGAUAUAGGGCAUUGCCAGUCUCUGGUUUCUGCUGGCAGGAUAUUAUUGCACAGAUGUUUCCCAGCUAGAACAUUUGGUUCCUUGGAAGUUGUGGGAACGUACGUUUUUGGUUUCCCAUUGGUUCUGGGAAUGAAGCCAUAAGCCUGAACGUUUUUUAAAAUGUUCUGAGAACGGAAGUGAAAAUUUAGCCUGUUCUGGGAACGUUAAUUUCUAGGUUGGUGGGGGGUUCUGAGAACGUUUUACUAUGGUUCCUGAAAGUUUUACUGGGAGGUUUUAUUAACGUUGUGAGAAUGGAAAUUCUAAGUUAUUUGAAGGUAAUUCAACAACGUUCUGAGAACAUGUUUCAGUAAGACUUUUAAUAACACUGCUAGCUUAGUUUGUGUUAACUGUUUUAAACUCCAAGCACAGAUAGGACACAAAUUAAUUUGCUUAGGCAUUAAUCGUGCAAAUACAUUUCUUUUUUAUUGUGGCACAGUGUCAGUGAGAUUCGAACCUAUUAACGGUUCUCUAUCCAUGGAAUUAGUCCACUAAUUUGAGAACAUGCCUUUUAAAUAGAACCAUGAGGAAACCUGUAGGAAACGUUAUAAUGAAGUACUGAAAAUCCCACAGAAGAACGUUGUUUCUUAACGUUCUCUGAACUAUUUUAGAAAAUGUCCAAAGUCAAACCAGUUUGAGAACGUUCCUAGAAUAUUACCAAAAUUACAAUGAAAUCUAACCAUGUUUGAACGUUUAGGAAAGUAAUGAAAUACAGAGAAAAUUAUGUUUUUUUUGUUCCUUAAAUGUGCUGAGAACGUUCCAAGGCCAAGCAACUAUCCUGCACCAUUCCCAGAAAGUUGUGCGAAGGUUGUAUAGAAAACAACCAUAGGACAACCACGCUCUCACCAAGCUCUAAGAAACAUAUGGUUCUACAAACGCUAUGUGCUAGCUGGGUUCCCCCUGAUAACUACACGCGCGCACACACACACACACACACACUCUCACACUCACACACACAGAAACACACACAUCACACAGGUUUUCUGUUUUCAAACGGUUUGACAAGCCAAUUGUGAUUCCGCCUAGGUGGGAGAACUACAGUUGUAGAGCUAUUGUGUAAGAUAGUGGUUAAUGGUGGUUAGGGCUGUUAUGGUGACAGUAUUACUGCAAUACCGGUGGUCACGAGUCAUGGCCGCAGUCAAAUUUUACCUGGACGUUUAGUCACGGUAACUAUGCUUCUCCAAAACUGCGCUCUGAUGCUGCUGGUGGUCAUUAGUAGCCUACUAAUACUUGCUAACUGCCAGUCGCUAAUGGCCUGGUACUCAGUGAUCUAUUGUCCCUAUAAUCACUCUGACGUCAAUACAAAUGCAAUCGAAAAUCAAAUCAAACACUUCAUGAGAGCCCAUGAGCUCAUGUUGCGCAACAUUUCUAUAGACAUUUACAUUUACAUUUUCGUCAUUUAGCAGACACUCUUAUCCAGAGCGACUUACAAAUUGGACUAUGCAAUUGCGUGAGAAAACAGUUUUGAUGGCCUCUAUUAAAAAGAGGAGGAUCCCAUCAGCUUUCUGUAGGCUUACUAUAUUUAUUUGUCAACUUUCCUAAUAUUAAGCACAUUGCUUUUGCUUUACAACAGGAAUAUAGCCUACCUGGCUGGCAUGAAAAUGAACAACGGGAAAAGAGUCCUCCAUUCGCUAUUUAAGUGCAUAGAUGACAUGUAUUUUUUCACCCUGCCCUUGUUCCGACAGGUGCAUGAUAAUGGUCUAUUCUAAAUCAAAAAUAAUUUCACACAUAUUAUUUAGUAUUUGUAAAGACAAGAUUAAAUUAAGAAUAGUCUGAUGGGUGACUAUUAUCACUUGUGAAUGAUGCCCAGCAUGUGCAGUAAGGCAAGAAACAGCACGUUUUUUUUUGUGCAAAAAAAAAUCAUAGUCACACACAUCAUGUAGCUAUAGUCCAUAGGCCUAUAUGUUUUGGUAAGGUUUGUAUCACAACUAAAGUGACCAAAUAACUCCAAAUGUACAGUGCCGGGAUAAAGUAUUUGCCCCCUUUCUGAUUUUCUCUAUUUUUGCAUAUUUUCUAUACUGAAUUAUCACAUCUUCAACCAAAACCUAAUAUUAGAUAAAAGGAAACUGAGUUAACAAAUAACAAAAAAUAGUAUACUUAUUUUAUUUAUUUAAUUAACAAAGUUAUGCAACAUCCAAUUCACCUGUUUGAAAAAGUAAUUGUCCCCUUACACUUAAUAACAGGUUGUGCCACCUUUAGCUGCAAUGACUGCAACCAAAUGCUUCCUGUAGUUGAUCAGUCUCUCAUAUAGCUGUGGAGGAAUUUUGGCCCACUCUUGCAUGCAGAACUGCUUUAGCUCAGCGACAUUUGUGGGUUUUCAAGUAUGAACUGCUUGUUUCAAGUCCUGCCUAAUUGGGAUUAGGUCUGGACUUUGACUAGGCCAUUCCAAAACUUCAAAUUUGUUGCAUUUUAGCCAUUUUCAUGGAGACUUGAUUGUGUGUUUUGGAUCAUUGUCUUGCUGCAUGACCCAGCUGUGCUUCAGCUUCAGCUCACAGACGAAUGGCCUGACAUUCUCCUGUAGAAUUCUCUGAUACAGAGCAGAAUUCAUGGUUCCUUCUAUUAAGGCAAGUCGUCCAGGUCCUGAGGCAGCAAAGCAUCCCCAAACCAUCACACUACCACCAACAUGCUUGACCGUUGGUAUAAGGUUCUUACUGUGGAAUGCAGUGUUUGGUUUUUGCCAGGCAUAAUAGGACCCAUGUCUGUCCUUUAGGUGCCUUUUGGCAAACUCCAAGCGGGCUGUCAUGUGCCUUUUUACUGAGGAGUGGCUUCCGUCUGGCCACUCUACCAUAAAGGUCUGAUUGGUGGAGUGCUGCAGAGAUGGUUGUCCUUCUGGAAGGUUCUCCCAUCUCCACAGAGGAAAUCUAGAGCUCUGUCAGUGACCAUCGGGUUCUUGGUCACCUCCCUAACCAAGGCCCUUCUCCCCCGAUUGUUUAGUUUGGCAGGGCGGCCAGCUCUAGGAAGAGUCUUGGUGGUUCCAAACUUCUUCCAUUUAAGAAUGAUGGAGGCCACUGUGUUCUUGGCCCUUCAAUGCUGCAUACAUUUGUUGGUACUCUUCCCCAGAUCUGUGUCUCGACACAAUCCUGUCUCGGUGCUCUACGGACAAUUCCUUUGACCUCAUGGCUUGGUUUUUGCUCUGACAUGCACUGUCAACUGUGGGACCUUAUAUAGACAGGUGUGUGCCCUUCCAAAUCAUGUCCAAUCAAUUUAAUUUACCACAGGUGGACUCCAAUCAAGUAGUAGAAACAUCUCAAGGAUGAUCAAUGGAAACAGGAUGCACCUGAGCUCAAUUUCGACUUUCAUAGCAAAGGGUCUGAAUACUUAUGUAAAUAAGGUAUUUCUGUUUUUUAUGUUUAACAAAUUUGCAAACAUUUCUAAAAACCUGUUUUCGCUUUGUCAGUAUGGGGUAUUGUGUGUAGAUUGAUGAGAAAAAUAAAUAUUUAAUCCAUUUUAGAAUAAGGCUUUAACGUAACAAAUGUCGAAUGCACUGUAAUUUUGGCAAUUUACUUUAGGAAAAGCUUCCCCUAAUCUUAUGGACUCGCUGCCUAUGCUUGCAUAUUAAAAACGUAAGCAUAUAGGAGGACCUGUUUAUUUGUUAACUGUUCAACUCAGAAUAGCUGCAUGUGCGCACUCCCUCAGAAAUCGUUUGGAGAAAAUAUCCUUUCUAUUUUAUUCAGCUAUGUUCAACUGUAUUCUUCAUACUAUAAAAUAAUAUAAAAUAAUGAAUUCUAAGCAAAUCUUGUCUGCUAGAUGAACUGUGUAGCCCACAGCCAUAUGGCAUAGCCAGAUCAGGGCCUAACAUAAGGACAACUCAGAAUAUGCAAUUCUGUUCUUCUGAAAUAGGCUACAUUUUCUUCAUAUCAUGUUUCUUUAGACCUGUCUAAAAUAAAUAAUGGAUUUAUUGUGAUUGUGUAGUCUAUAUUAAAUGGAUUCAUGUAAUUGUUCCAAUGGUCGGCAUCAGUGGCUUGUAGACUAUUCAUGGCAACCAGGAGAUGCUAAAUGUGUUUAUGGUAAGUUCUGCAUGCAGCUGCCGAGACUCUCUCAUUCCCAACGGCUCAGAAACAGACGGAAUUCCCAGAUUUGUCUCCUUAUCAAUCCCUUCCUCCUGAUGAUAGCGAAGCAUGCAGUUGGUGGUGUUGGCCUAAAGGUUGAGGUUUCAGUGGUAAUCAAAGUUCAGUCACCUGUAGAACAAUCCCAAGUGUUUGAGUGAAGGAGGGUUUCUUUGUGAUGGAAUGCGGACAGAGAGUGAGGCAAGCAGGAAACCUGCAGAGCUUUGGGUUGAUCGUUAACCUGAGUUUUGGUUUGUAAAACGCUGACACACUACUCAGAGAGCCUUUGAUGUGUGCAAGGAGGUAGGUUAUACUGCUGUCUGUCUUAAACAGACGGCCAUGGGAAUAUGCAGAUCUUAUCUCUGGUUAUAAAGAAUUGUAACAAUAAUAAGAAGGGUGGGUCUGAUUGAUGUGCAGUGAAAUUGUUUCUUGUUUCUAUGCUGAAUGACUGACGUCUCAUUUUCCUUUUUCUUUCCCUAUUGUCUCUCUCUUUCUCCCCCUCUCUCUCAUCUCUUACUCAUCUCUCUCUCAUCUCUCACUCACUCUCUUACUCACUCUCUCAGGAUUUACAAGUCAGAAUUGUGAUCACAACGUUGAUGACUGCCCAGGCCACAACUGUCAGAAUGGUGGCUUGUGUGUGGAUGGGGUCAACACCUACAACUGCCAGUGCCCCCCUCACUUUACAGGUAACCUUUAUACCCACAAACCCUCCAAUCUUCAAGAUGGACAAGGUCUCUCUUGAAAAUGAAUGAACUUGAGAUUACAUGAACAAAAACUAUUUCAAAUUUCCACCCACAUUGGCCCUAUAUCCAUCUCUUAUGGCCCCUGUAUGAUGUAAUCCUUGUCCUCUGCCCUCUAGGCCAGUUCUGUACCGAGAACGUGGAUGAGUGUGAGAUGAUGCCAAACACGUGCCAGAACGGUGGUACAUGCCACGACACCUACGGCAGCUUCCACUGUGUCUGUGUCAAUGGCUGGACGGGCGAUGACUGCAGCGAGAACAUCGACGACUGUGCCAGCGCAGCCUGUUAUCACGGCGCCACAUGCCACGACCGCGUAGCCUCCUUCUUCUGCGAGUGUCCGCACGGGCGCACAGGUACUACGAUCUCACAUGUCCCACACUAACCACACACACGCGUUGGAAGAAAAGUGAUUAAAAAUAAGAAACUGUUGAGAGCUUUGCACACCAGGCCACACUGAACUGAGGUGGCCUGGUUACACCCCCAUGAUAGUUGCUUGAAGAUAUUGAGAUACUAUUUUCAGGUGGGUACUUCACAAUGUUAGUUGUUGAGGUGAGUCAGUUCUCCCCCUUUACAGUAGAAAGCAUUUUGUGCCCCUGGAAAUGCACUGCCUAUAGAAAUCCCAUUAAUCAUAAUUUGUCUUUCCUCAGGAUUACUGUGUCAUCUUGACGACGCCUGCAUCAGUAACCCGUGUCAGAAAGGCUCUAACUGUGACACCAACCCUGUCAACGGCAAAGCCAUCUGUACCUGCCCUCCAGGUUACACCGGCUCUGCAUGCAACCAGGACAUUGACGAGUGUUCCCUAGGUGAGUGACUUCUCUCUCUGCUCCUCUCUCGUUUCUAUAGGAAGGUACCUGUCCCUGAACAUUCAGGAUGACAAACUCUGCCAAUGUGCUAUUUGCCAAACACUCCCUUGAGAGAUUUUCAAUUAGACUAACUUGGAUACAUUAAGGUUAAAUAAAAAUAAAUGAUUGUCAGUGUGACGGUUAUGCAUUUUGGUAAUAGUUUGGCAUCAGAACACUGAAGUGUAAAAGGCCUCUUUUUUUUUAUAUCUACCUCUUGUGUUAAUGAUAGAGAAAUUGCGCGGGGUGAAAGUGGGGAUAUAAGUGGUGAUGUAUAUCCUGUGUUUGACGUUUCAGGUGCCAACCCUUGCGAGCACGGUGGGCGCUGCCUGAACACUAAAGGCUCGUUCCAGUGCAAGUGUCUCCAGGGUUACGAGGGCCCGCGCUGUGAGAUGGACGUCAACGAGUGCAUGUCCAACCCCUGUCAGAACGAUGCCACCUGCCUGGACCAGAUUGGAGGAUUCCACUGCAUCUGCAUGCCAGGUACGACGACACAUUGGAAUGUACCAUUUAGGGGGAUAUUUCGGUUUGUAACACUGUCUUACUGACAUAGACACUUUGACAUGUUGUUAGGUGUAAGAAUAAUUGUUCAUGAUUGGAGUCAUCUUUCUGUUCUCUGCCCCUGCUACAGAAGACAAUACUAGCUAUCUAAAAAUGGCAAAAUAUUUUUGGAGCCUGUGAACUCAAAGUAAUGUUACCUGAAACUGUGUUUCUGUAAUAUUGUCAUAAACGUGUGUGUGUGUGUGUGUGUUCAGGUUAUGAGGGGGUGUUUUGCCAGAUCAACACCGACGAGUGUGCCAGUAUGCCCUGUCUGAACAACGGGAAGUGCAUUGACAGGAUCAACUCCUUCUACUGCGAGUGCCCCAAAGGUGAGAGAGAUGGCGGGUGGAAGGAAUUGAGGGAUGGAUGGGUGAAAGGAGGAAUGGAGGAAGGAAGGUGUACAGGGAUGGAGGAUUGGAGGAGUAGAUGGAGGGUGGGGGUCCUCAGCUCCUGAUAGGGUUGGGUGGGAGUGGGGUCACUGGAGGGUAAAGUAAAGUGAAUGAUUACCAUAGGGGGGUGUGUGUGUGUGAUUAAUACUUUUCUGAGGUUGACUAGUGUAGGCAUUUCUGAUGAGGGCAGGGAGGGUGGUAAUAACAAGGUCCCCCCUACAUUAGCAUAAUUGGCGGACAAAAUAGUUUGCACAAGACCUUAGCGCCCAAAGAGGGGGGUAUAAGGGGUGGUGGGGGUGAGCAAUUGUGUAUUUGGAGCUCCUGCUAUAUGGGUUGUGUGUGUGUUGAGGGGGGUAUCAUUAUAAAGUUCAGGAUCCAGGGUCCUCCAGACCUACUUUAUUAAAUUAGUUUCCCCUCCAUUUUCCAUUUUCUCUCCUCUGCAUAUGCACUGUAGAGCCACAAUAAAGGCUAGAUUACGUUUGAAAGAUGUGGUAAAAUAAUUAAGAGCGCAAUUACAUUCAGCUAACGUUAGAUAGAUAUCUUUUAGGCCUACAUUACAAAUUCAGCAUAUUUAAAUUACCUUAGGACAAACCAGGCUUCAUUUUAUCAAUAUCAUGCAAAUCAUUACAUGAGGUGAAAACAAAUUCAGACUGAAAACUGUUAAUUGACUGGGGAGUUGAUCCUGCUUGCCAUUGCAUUGUUCUGAGAUUCCUUUCUUUCUUUCUUUUUAAAGCUACGGCGACAAUUUCAGAAUGUAACAGGCUAUUAGUGCAAUUUCAGGGGAAAACCCAAUAAAGCAAAUCUCAAAUUAAAGGAAAAUAUCUAUACAUUUCUGCUCUUUCAAAAACAUUGUUCUGCUAUUAAGAUUUUUAUUGUAUGAGAAUUUGGCUUGAAAAGACAAUUCUGUUUAGGUUCUACAGAACUAGUGGUCGCGUACGAGACAUGAGAAAUGUGCAUCUUUACAUGACAGUAAUAUGUUCAUACGCUGGUAUUAUUUUGAUAACUCUUGUAAAUGUAUCAUAGUGUAAAUGCUCUCCAAGACAACGCAGUAUUUUAAUCUUAAAGAACUGUCCCCAGAUGUGUAGCCUACAAAUAAUGUUAGAUGUACAUAAACUUGGAUUCAAUACGAGACAAAUAACUAAACUGUAAGAACAGCAAAACAGCACAGAAAACAAUAACAGAAAGGAGUAUGGCUGAUAUAUAUUCUUCCUUGUCCAGGCUUCUCUGGUGGUCUAUGUCAGGUUGACAUCGAUGAGUGUGCCAGCACGCCCUGCAUGAACGGAGCCAAGUGUACCGACGGCCCCAACAAAUACUCAUGCGAAUGCACUGAAGGUAUAGUAGGCUGGCACAUGGUUAGAACGGUUUGAGGCUCAAUUCUUGUCUUUAAAUUAAUACACUUUAUAGGGUGGUACAUGGACCAAGGCCAAGCCUACUCCUGGACCGAGUUUUUUUUUUUUGUGCAACGAUAGGCUUCCUCUGGUUCGGCGGAAUUUCCCCCUCUAUAAGAUCUCUUCAUCCUAGAACAUAAGCUACAUUCCGAUUCUCUACCCUUAUUCUGAAAUGUGCGCUCAUACACUCCCUUUCAUGGAUUUAAAAUACAUGGAUUGGUGUGAGGAAUAUGGUGGAAACUCCUUCCAGCUAUGCUUGCACCAAUGCAAUGCUUUUGAAAUGCAUGAGGGGGAGGUAUAGUUUCAAAUGAAAUAUCAUUUUCUCUACUCCAACUCAGUAUGUGCUGCCCCAAUGAUCCAGUUCCUUAAUAUUUUGAACUCAGUAGUUAGUUUCUUUCUGUGUAUCUAUCUUCUCCUCCUUUCCAGGUUACUCUGGGCAGCACUGUGAGACUGACAUCAAUGAGUGUUACUCGGACCCCUGUCACUAUGGCACCUGUAAGGACGGCCUGGCCACCUUCACCUGCUACUGUCGCCCUGGUUACACGGGCCGCCUGUGCGAGACCAACAUCAACGAGUGUCUGAGCCAGCCAUGUCAGAAUGGAGGCACCUGCCAGGACAGGGAGAACACAUACAUCUGCACCUGCCCCAAGGGCACUGCAGGUACAGGAACACACUCUCUCUCACACACACACACACACAUGCGCAUGCAGGAAGACACACGCAGAGACACGCACCCACACAGGCAGGCAGACAUACACACACAUACACACGCACACACCAUACUACAAUCCUACAUAUUUUACAACACAGGCAGCCACAUCCAGGCAUAUGUGUGAAACUCUGCCAGUGUUAGUAACAUUGUACCCCCUACUGUGGUUGUUUGACAGGCUUUAACUGUGAGGUGAAUCUGGAUGACUGUAAGAGCAAGCCCUGUGACUACGGGAGGUGCAUUGACAAGAUCAACGGCUAUGAGUGUGCAUGUGAGCCAGGUUACUCAGGUGAGCACUGGGUUGAAGAGAGGGGGGAAAGAGAGGGGGACAGGCAGGACAGGUGGCCAGCGAGCUGACUCAAACAGAAGAGUGGUGUCAUAUUCCCUGUGUGGGACAAGGCGGGAGAACAGAGAGGCAGCCCCAAACCUGAUACACGUACUCUCUCACACACUCAUUCACUCACACACACAUCUGCUGCAUGUGCACCUGGUGUGUAUAGACUGUGUUCUUACACCUAAGCACUGACCUUUUUAUAAGUUUCCCGGUAUCAGUGAAGAAAAGGUGGAUUAUUUUGCCCAAACCAUUCCUGGAAUAACAAUUCCAGUCCACCUAUUCCCAUGGGGCUACCGUUUCAAGACCCUGUAGGGCCUGUUUUCUCUACUUGUAUGUGUGUGGAAACAUCCUGUGUGUUUGUGUGCACACAUAUGUGUCGCAUUUUUGUGUGUGUCUGUGAAUACUUAAUAAACUCUUAGGUUGGGAGGGUCGUGGGUUUGCAGGCAGGCUGCUGUUGUGCCCCUGCUCCUCUGUCUUUUUGUCCUCUUUCCUCUGUUUUGUGAGUGUUGAGGGGCAGGGCUCACGGACAGAGGGCCAUUGUAGUUGUAGAGCAGGCAGUUGGGCCCUCCCCUUUCUGAUUGAUGGGGGAGGGGGGAUGUAAUUGUUGCUCACCGGCGUGUGAAAUGGGGCCCUUCUGUCUCUCCUUACCAGCCCUGGGUUAAGGUGGCCCUCCCUCCCCCACUGUUCCCCCUAUGAAGCGAGGAGGAGGGGGUGGCGAGAGGCUUUGUGUGUCCCAUUGUCACUGGUAUAAAAGAUCUGAGCUUACACCCCCUCAGAUCCAGCUGAAACAUUCCUUCUCCCUCCUUACCAGAGCACCUCUUAUUAUUCAAUGGGCAGGGAGAGGGAAAGGCCACACUGCUAAUCUCCAGUGGCUAGCCUGGCAGCCUCACCCUGCCUCUAUAUACCCUUUAGUAAUGUGGCCCUGUGUAUUGUGCAGACUCCCCCCAUCACCUCAGCAACUAACAAAGGAUUAGAGAUAGAGAGCGAGAGAGAAGAAAACAAAAUGUCCAGCUGUGGUUUCUUUAAACAAUGGCCAUAUAUGAGUGAAUACUCACCCCCUGCUGUGUUGGAUUUUCAGGGGCCAUGUGCAACAUCAAUACCGACGAUUGUGCCAUCAACCCCUGUCACAAUGGUGGCACCUGCAUCGACGGCAUCAACAGCUUCACAUGCCUGUGCCCAGAGGGCUACAAUGAUGCCACCUGUCUGUUGCAGGUGGACGAGUGUGGCAGCAACCCCUGCAUCCACGGCCGCUGCCAGGACCUGGUCAACGGGUGAGCACACACACACACACACACACACACACACACACACACACACACACACACACACACACACACACACACACACACACACACACAUAUUUCGAUUAAAGCUUACCUUUCUCUAUCUGUAUUCCAGCUACAAGUGUUUCUGUGACUCUGGCUGGAGUGGGCCUAACUGUGACAUCAACAACAACGAGUGUGAGUCCAACCCGUGUAUGAACGGUGGCACCUGCAAGGAUAUGACCAGUGGAUAUGUUUGUAGCUGCCGAGCCGGCUUCAGUGGUCAGUUCAAUUCAACGUGUCUUCCCUUACUGUUUCUCACUCUCCCUAUCAGCUCCUUCUCUCUCUCUCUCUCUCUCUUUUCUAUCUUCUCACACCUUACCCUCUCAAUCCUGCAACUCUGUUUGAGUGGGUGUGUGUGGUGGAUAUCAUCCCUAAUAAGUCUGCGACUCUAACCCAUGUGUGUUCUCUAAUCCCCGGCCAUGCUGUAGGACCUAACUGCCAAACUAACAUCAACGAGUGUGCCACCAACCCCUGUCUGAACCAGGGCACCUGCAUUGACGACGUGGCCGGCUACAAGUGCAACUGCUUACUGCCCUAUACUGGUAUGAUAACGUAUUGAUUUUCGCGGAGCCAUAUAGGCCUAAAGAGAUGUGUACAGUAGCCUUAUGGCUCUGGUUUUGGUUUGGCCCUCUACUCAGAAAGGCCUGUAUGGCUCCGGAAUAGAAGACUUCUUGAACAAUGGUAUAAAAAUACAUUUCUGAAAUCCACUUGUGCGCUGACUACUGAGGGCUCUUCAGUAAUAUUGCUGAGAUCUACAAAUAAUCCUGUGUAGAGCCCAUCCCCUGGGAGAGCAAUAUAUGCAAAUUGUUAUUCAGACAGCAGACUUAUUUUAGAAAACAUAGGUUGACUAAUGCCCACUAACUGUGUGGAAACAGGCCUUAUGUUUUGCUCCUCUCUGUCAUUUGUGGAAAAAUCCACCCUGUCUACCAUGUUGUGAUAACUUUGUGUGUGUGUGUGUGUGUGUGUGUGUGUGCGUGUGUGUGUGUGUGUGUGUGUGGGAAUAACAUGCUAUAGACCGGGAGGGCUGGGAACUGGGACCUGUGGCCACUUCCUCUUCCUGUCUCUGGGCUACACAAUAGCAGGAAACAGGAAGCAGCUUCCUGCCUGGUCUCUGGUUACUGUGGAGCGGAUAGGGAAGUGGAUAGGAAACUGGGAUUUAAAAACUGAUGUCACUCUUCAGGGGAAACUCCUCUGAGUGUGACUAGAAAAGGGAAAUAUCAUGCAAUGCAGCCAUUUUCAUUUCCAUUUCGCUUUAAGACAACUUUGAAGAAGUCAACUCUACCAAGAGUUUAAAAGCAUUGAAUUGUGAUGUAGUACUUCUCCAAAGAUGUCUAACUGCAAAAGGGAAGUGGAGAGUGAAAUACAAAUGUAACAUGAACGAAACAUGUAUGAAUGGAACAAACAUUCAUGGCUCUUACUCAAAAAGCGUACAGACCGAUGAAUGAUCUGUGAUGGAUUCCCUGUAGCACUUGAGGGCAUUUGUUUGAGGUGUGUGUUGUGUUCCUAUCCCUACCAGGUGAGACAUGUGAGACACUGCUGGCCCCAUGCAGCCCCCGGCCCUGUAAGAACGGUGGCGUGUGUCAGGAGUCUGAGGACUACCAGAGCUUCUCCUGCCUCUGUCCAGAGGGAUGGCAAGGUAAACUACUCAUCUCUUCCUCCAUCAAUCUGUUCUGUUUAUUCCUCCAUCUGUCCACCCAUCCAUCCAUCCAAUAGAGGGUGUUCUUUGAGAGACUGACUGCCCCCCCUCUCUCUCCUCUCUCAGGUCAAACAUGCGAGAUAGACAUCAACGAGUGUGUGAAAAGUCCGUGCCGCAACGGCGCCACGUGCCACAACAUGGUGGGCAGCUACCGGUGCAGCUGCCGUCCGGGCUACACCGGUCAGAAGUGUGAGAUGGACAUUGACGACUGCAAGCCCAGUAAGGAACUUCAACUCCUAGCUCUAUCUUGUAAAGUGAACUUGGCCCAACUGUAUCACUUACCUGAUACAUCUCUCUCUCUGUUUCUCUUUUUCUCGUUCUAGACCCCUGCAGUAAUGGAGGUCUGUGCAGAGAUGGAGUGGACAGCUUUGUGUGCACUUGUCUGCCAGGGUUCCGUGGUAGCAGGUGUGAGCAGGACAUUAACGAGUGCGAGAGCAACCCGUGUAAGAAUGGGGCCAACUGCACCGACUGUGUCAACUCCUACACCUGCACCUGUCCACCCGGUUUCAGUGGCAUCAACUGUGAGAAUAACACCCCCGACUGCACAGAGAGGUACAGAGAGCAGUUCACAUACUGUGUUUCUGUUAGUGGCAAUUCAAAAGCAUGGGAAAGAGCCCCUUUUUGCAAGAGAAACCCUCUUCAAAGAGUAUCUUAAAUGAAUAUUUUCUUACUAGCGCUGAAUUUACUGAAAAUGUACUUUCUACGACUGUGAUGUGGUUGUCUCCCCCAGCUAUCUUAAGAUGAAUGCACUAAUUGUUAAGUGUCUCUGGAUAAGAACGUCUACUAAAUGACUAAAAUGUAAAUUUCAAAUGCUUUUGAAUACAUCCUAAGAGAAACAAUCAAUUUCCACAUUGCUUGAUAAAAACAAUGUUGACCAGAAUAUUCUGGAUGUUGCUAAAUAACCAACUAAUAAUUUUAGAAACAGAUUGGAAGAAACAACAACAGGAACAUUUUAAAUAAGCUGAAGUAAAAAAAUAUAUUUUUAACAUCCCUUUAACUAAUUUGGUUACUAUACUUAUAGUCUCAAAACUCUCCCAUUGUUGUGUGUUUUUUCUCUAGCUCUUGCUUCAACGGUGGCACCUGUGUGGAUGGCAUCAAUACCUUCACCUGCCUGUGUCUUCCAGGCUUCACAGGCAGCUACUGCCAGCACGACAUCAACGAGUGUGACUCCAAGCCCUGCCUCAACGGUGGCACCUGUCUGGACAGCUACGGCACCUACAAGUGUACCUGCCCUCAUGGCUACACUGGAGUCAACUGCCAGGUAUGGGCGGGCAGGAGCCAUCUUGACUAAGGGCAGUGGGUUCAUGUGUUCUGGCUAGGCAGCCAUAUCUCCUGAGUGCAUUUGAUUGUAUAUAAUAAUUUUCCCUCUAUUUUCCCUCUUUCUAUUGAUAUAAUUUAAUAAACAUCUUAGAAACAACUGAGACGUAAUAGUGGUAGUCCGCUCAACAGCGAGUGAGUGAGAGUGUGUGUGUUACACAUGGGUGUAUUUGUGUGUUAAUGUGUUUCUGCUCUGCUUGCAGAACCUGGUGCGGUGGUGUGACUCAUCUCCCUGUAAGAACGGAGGCUCAUGUUGGCAACAGGGCUCCUCAUACACCUGUCAGUGUCAGACGGGAUGGACCGGCCUCUACUGUGAUGUCCCCAGUGUCUCCUGCGAGGUGGCCGCCAAACAGCAAGGUAAGCACACAGAGUAAAAACAAUUCCGAUUAUACAGUGCCUUCAGAAAGUAUUCACUCCCCCUGACUUUUUCCACAUUUUGUUGUGUUACAGACAGAAUUUAAAAUUGAUUAAAUUAAGAUUGUUGGUCACUGGCCUACACACAAUACACUAUAAUGUCAAAGUGGAAUUAUGUUUUUUGAAAUUUCUACAAAUUAAAAUGAAAAUCUGAAAUGUCUUGAGUCAAUAAGUAUUCAACCCCUUUGUUAUGGCAAGCCUAAAUAAGUUCAGGAGUACAAAUUUGCUUAACAAGUCACAUAAUAAAUUACAAUGAUUUUUUUGUUGUUGGGACUACCUCAGCUCUGUACCCCACACAUACAAUUAUCUGUAAGGUCCGCCAGUCGAGCAGUGAAUUUCAAACACAGAUUCAACCACAAAGAGCAGGGAGGUUUUCCAAUGCCUUGUAAAGAACGGCACCUAUUGGUAGAUGGGGAAAAAAAUUAAAAAGCAUACAUUAAAUAUCCCUUUGAGCAUGGUGAAGUUAUUAAUUACACUUUGGAUGGUGUAUCAAUACACCCAGUCACUACAAAGAUACAGGUGUCAUUCCUAACUCAGUUGCCAGAGCGGAAGGAAACCGCUCAGGGAUUUCACCAUGAGACCAAUGGUGACUUUAAAACAGUUAGUGUUUAAUGGCUGUGAUAGGAGAAAACUGAGGAUGGAUCAACAACAUUGUAGUUUCUCCACAAUACUAACCUAAUUGACAGAGUGAAAAGAAGGAAGCCUGUACAGAAUACAAAUAUAUAUAUAUAUAUAUAUAUAUAUAUAUAUAUAUAUAUAUAUAUAUAUAUAUAUAUAUAUAUAUAUAUAUAUAUCCAAAACAUGCAUUCUGUUUUUGCAAAAAGGCACUAAGGUAAUACAGCAAAACAAAUGUAGCAAAUCAAUUAACUUUUUGUCCUGAAUACAAAGUGUUAUGCUUGGGGCAAAUCCAAUACAACACAUUACUGAGUACCACUCUCCAUAUUUUCAAGCAUAGUGGUGCCUGCAUCAUGUUAUGGGUAUGCUUGUAAUUGUUAAGGACUGGGGAGUUUUUCAGGAUAAAAAAGAAACGGAAUGGAGCUAAGCACAGACAAAAUCCUAGAGGAAAACCUGGGAGAUUCAUUCACCUUUCAGCAGGACAAUAACCUGAAACACAAGGCCAAAUCUACACUGGAGUUGCUUACCAAGAAGACAGUGAAUGUUCCUGAGUGGCAGAGUUACAGUUUAGACUUAAAUCUGCUUGAAAAUCUAUGGCAAGACUUAAAUGGUUGUCUAGCAAUGAUCAACAACCAAUUUGACAGAGCUUGAAGAAUUUUGAAAAUAAUAAUGGGCAAAUAUUGCACAAUCCAGGUGUGCAAAGCUCUUAUAGACUUACCCAGAAAGCCUCACAGCUGUAAUCACUGCCAAAGGUAAUUCUAACAUAUAUUGACUCAGGGAUGUGAAUACUUACAGUGAGGGAAAAAAGUAUUUGAUCCCCUGCUGAUUUUGUACGUUUGCCCACUGACAAAGAAAUGAUCAGUCUAUCAUUUUAAUGGUAGGUUUAUUUGAACAGUGAGAGACAGAAUAACAACAAAACAAUCCAGAAAAACGCAUGUCAAAAAUUUUAUAAAUUGAUUUGCAUUUUAAUGAGGGAAAUAAGUAUUUGACCCCCUCUCAAUCAGAAAGAUUUCUGGCUCCCAGGUGUCUUUUAUACAGGUAACGAGCUGAGAUUAGGAGCACACUCUUAAAGGGAGUGCUCCUAAUCUCAGCUUGUUACCUGUAUAAAAGACACCUGUCCACAGAAGCAAUCAAUCAAUCAGAUUACAAACUCUCCACCAUGGCCAAGACCAAAGAGCUCUCCAAGGAUGUCAGGGACAAGAUUGUAGACCUACACAAGGCUGGAAUGGGCUACAAGACCAUCGCCAAGCAGCUUGGUGAGAAGGUGACAACAGUUGGUGCGAUUAUUCGCAAAUGGAAGAAACACAAAAUAACUGUCAAUCUCCCUCGGCCUGGAGCUCCAUGCAAGAUCUCACCUUGUGGAGUUGCAAUGAUCAUGAGAACGGUGAGGAAUCAGCCCAAAACUACACGGGAGGAUCUUGUCAAUGAUCUCAAGGCAGCUGGGACCAUAGUCACCAAGAAAACAAUUGGUAACACACUACGCCGUGAAGGACUGAAAUCCUGCAGUGCCCGCAAGGUCCCCCUGCUCAAGAAAGCAGCACAUAUACAGGCUCGUCUGAAGUUUGCCAACUGGGAGAAAGUGGUCAGAUGAGACCAAAAUCGAGCUCUUUGGCAUCAACUCAACUCGCCGUGUUUGGAGGAGGAGGAAUGCUGCCUAUGGCCCCAAGAACACCAUCCCCACUGUCAAACAUGGAGGUGGAAACAUUAUGCUUUGGGGGUGUUUUUCUGCUAAGGGGACAGGACAACUUCACCGCAUCAAAGGGACGAUGGAUGGGGCCAUGUACCGUCAAAUCUUGGGUGAGAACCUCCUUCCCUCAGCCAGGGCAUUGAAAAUGGGUCGUGGAUGGGUAUUCUAGCAUGACAAUGACCCAAAACACACGGCCAAGGCAACAAAGAAGUGGCUCAAGAAGAAGUACAUUAAGGUCCUGGAGUGGCCUAGCCAGUCUCCAGACCUUAAUCCCAUAGAAAAUCUGUGGAGGGAGCUGAAGGUUCGAGUUGCCAAACGUCAGGCUCGAAACCUUAAUGACUUGGAGAAGAUCUGCAAAGAGGAGUGGGACAACAUCCCUCCUGAGAUGUGUGCAAACCUGGUGGCCAACUACAAGAAACGUCUGACCUCUGUGAUUGCCAACAAGGGUUUUGCCACCAAGUACUAAGUCAUGUUUUGCAGAGGGGUCAAAUACUUAUUUCCCUCAUUAAAAUGCAAAUCAAUUUACAACAUUUUUGACAUGCGUUUUUCUGGAUUUAUGUGUUGUUAUUCUGUCUCUCACUGUUCAAAUAAACCUACCAUUAAAAUUAUAGACUGAUCAUGUCUUUGUCAGUGGGCAAACGUACAUUUUUUAAAAUUUUAUUUUUUGAUUUCACCUUUAUUUAACCAGGUAAGCCAGUUGAGAACAAGUUCUCAUUUACAACUGCGACCUGGCCAAGAUAAAGCAUAGUAGUGCGAUAAAAACAACAACACAGAGUUACAUAUGGGGUAAAAAAAACAUAAAGUCAAAAAAAAUACAACAGAAAAUAUAUAUACAGUGUGUGCAAAUGUAGCAAGUUAUGGAGGUAAGGCAAUAAAUAGGCUAUAGUGCAAAAUAAUUACAAUUAGUAUUAACACUGGAAUGCUAGAUGUGCAAGAGAUUAUGUGCAAAUAGAGAUACUGGGGUGCAAAAGAGCAAAAUAAAUAACAAUAUAGGGAUGAGGUAGUUGGGUGGGCUAAUUUCAGAUGGGCUGUGUACAGGUGCAGUGAUCGGUAAGGUGCUCUGACAACUGAUGCUUAAAGUUAGUGAGGGAGAUAAGAGUCUCCAGCUUCAGAGAUUUUUGCAAUUCGUUCCAGUCAUUGGCAGCAGAGAACUGGAAGGAAUGGCGGCCAAAGGAGGUGUUGGCUUUGGGAAUGACCAGUGAGAUAUACCUGCUGGAGCGCAGACUACGGGUGGGUGCUGCUAUGGUGACCAAUGAGCUAAGAUAAGGCGGGGAUUUGCCUAGCAGUGAUUUAUAGAUGGCCUGGAGCCAGUGGGUUUGACGACGAACAUGUAGUGAGGACCAGCCAACAAGAGCGUACAGGUCACAGUGGUGGGUAGUGUAUGGGGCUUUGGAGACAAAACGGAUGGCACUGUGAUAGACUACAUCCAAUUUGCUGAGUAGAGUGUUGGAGGCUAUUUUGUAAAUGACAUCGCCGAAGUCAAGGAUCGGUAGGAUAGUCAGUUUUACGAGGGCAUGUUUGGCAGCAUGAGUGAAGGAGGCUUUGUUGCGAAAUAGGAAGCCGAUUCUAGAUUUAACUUUGGAUUGGAGAUUCUUAAUGUGAGUCUGGAAGGAGAGUUUACAGUCUAACCAGACACCUAGGUAUUUGUAGUUGUCCACAUACUCUAGGUCAGACCCGUCGAGAGUGGUGAUUCUAGUCGGGUGGGCGGGUGCCAGCAGCGUUCGAUUGAAGAGCAUGCAUUUAGUUUUACUAGUGUUUAAGAGCAGUUGGAGGCUACUGAAGGAGUGUUGUAUGGCAUUGAAGCUCGUUUGGAGGUUUGUUAACACAGUGUCCAAUGAAGGGCCAGAUGUAUACAAAAUGGUGUCGUCUGCGUAGAGGUGGAUCUGAGAGUCACCAGCAGCAAGAGCUGCUUCAAAAUCAGCAGGGGAUCAAAUACUUUUUUCCCUCACUGUAUGUAAUUUUAAAUAUUUCUGUAUUUCAUUUUCAAUAAAUUUGCAAACUUUUCUAAAAACAUGUUUUGAUUUUGUCAUUAUGGGGUAUUGUGUGUGUAUAUGGGUGAGAUUUUUUUUUAUUAUCCAUUUUUAAUUCACACAACAAAAUGUGGAAUACAGUGGGGGAAAAAGUAUUUAGUCAGCCACCAAUUGUGCAAGUUCUCCCACUUAAAAAGAUGAGAGAGGCCUGUAAUUUUCAUCAUAGGUACACGUCAACUAUGACAGACAAAUUGAGAAAAAAAAUUCUAAUAAAUUGAAUUUAUUUGCAAAUUAUGGUGGAAAAUAAGAUUUGGUCACCUACAAACAAGCAAGAUUUCUGGCUCUCACAGACCUGUAACUUCUUCUUUAAGAGGCUCCUCUGUCCUCCACUCGUUACCUGUAUUAAUGGCACCUGUUUGAACUUGUUAUCAGUAUAAAAGACACCUGUCCACAACCUCAAACAGUCACACUCCAAACUCCACUAUGGCCAAGACCAAAGAGCUGUCAAAGGACACCAGAAACAACAUUGUAGACCUGCACCAGGCUGGGAAGACUGAAUCUGCAAUAGGUAAGCAGCUUGGUUUGAAGAAAUCAACUGUGGGAGCAAUUAUUAGGAAAUGGAAGACAUACUGAUAAUCUCCCUCGAUCUGGGGCUCCACGCAAGAUCUCACCCCGUGGGGUCAAAAUGAUCACAAGAAUGGUGAGCAAAAAUCCCAGAACCACACGGGGGGACCUAGUGAAGGACCUGCAGAGAGCUGGGACCAAAGUAACAAAGCCUACCAUCAGUAACACACUACGCCGCCAGGGACUCAAAUCCUGCAGUGCCAGACGUGUCCCCCUGCUUAAGCCAGUACAUGUCCAGGCCCGUCUGAAGUUUGCUAGAGUCCAUUUGGAUGAUCCAGAAGAGGAUUGGAAGAAUGUCAUAUGGUCAGAUGAAACCAAAAUAGAACUUUUUGGUAAAAACUCAACUCGUCGUGUUUGGAGGACAAAGAAUGUUGAGUUGCAUCCAAAGAACACCAUACCUACUGUGAAGCAUGGGGGUGGAAACAUCAUGCUUUGGGGCUGUUUUUCUGCAAAGGGACCAGGAUGACUGAUCCGUGUAAAGGAAAGAAUGAAUGGGGCCAUGUAUCGUGAGAUUUUGAGUGAAAACCUCCUUCCAUCAGCAAGGGCAUUGAAGAUGAAACGUGGCUGGGUCUUUCAGCAUGACAAUGAUCCCAAACACACCGCCCGGGCAACGAAGGAGUGGCUUCGUAAGAAGCAUUUCAAGGUCCUGGAGUGGCCUAGCCAGUCUCCAGAUCUCAACCCCAUAGAAAAUCUUUGGAGGGAGUUGAAAGUCCGUGUUGCCCAGCGACAGCCCCAAAACAUCACUGCUCUAGAGGAGAUCUGCAUGGAGGAAUGGGACAAAAUACCAGCAACAGUGUGAAAACCUUGUGAAGACUUACAGAAAACGUUUGACCUGUGUCAUUACCAACAAAGGGUAUAUAACAAAGUAUUGAGAAACUUUUGUUAUUGACCAAAUACUUAUUUUCCACCAUAAUUUGCAAAUAAAUUCAUAAAAAAUCCUACAAUGUGAUUUUCUGGAUUUCUUUUUCUCAUUUUGUCUGUCAUAGUUGAUGUGUACCUAUGAUGAAAAUGACAGGCCUCUCUCAUCUUUUUAAGUGGGAGAACUUGCACAAUUGGUGGCUGACUAAAUACUUUUUUUCCCCACUGUAAGUGGAGGAGUAUGAAUACUUUCUGAAGGCACUGUAUCUAACUAUUAGACAGUUAAUUUAGUCGAGACAGAGCACAAAUCGUUCUGACCAUCUCUAGGCCAAGCAGACAAAGAUCCAAUUUUGCAUGUAAAAUUGACCAAUACAGGAUGGUUAGGGGAUGGUAAGAACAUGUUUGUGUGCUUUGUAUGCUGUGUGUGUGUGUGUACAUAUGUGUAUGCUACAUAUAUAUGUAUACACCCCCCCCCCCCUCUUGUCUGAAGGUGUGGAGGUGGCUCACCUGUGUCGUAACUCGGGCCAGUGUCUGGAUGCUGGCAACACCCACUACUGCCGCUGCCAGGCGGGCUACACGGGCAGCUACUGCCAGGAACAGGUGGACGAGUGCUCCCCCAACCCUUGCCAGAACGGUGCCACCUGCACAGACUACCUGGGAGGGUACAGCUGUGAGGUAUAUAUGCUCUAGCUAGCAAAUCUGAAUCAACACAAACACAUAAAUUAUUAUUAAUACGUUAUCCUUAAUUUAUGCAAUUAAAGGCCCACUCCGUAAUUCCAAGCACAACAAAAACGACAGCCCCGCCACUUGGUGUGCUACAGUAUAAUCUCUCUUUCUCUCAAGGGUAGGGUGUCAAAAUUCAAGAUACCUAACAUUGCUCUACUUUCACACUGUUCUAAUAUCAAGUGUAUGGACCAGGUCUCCCUUGAGUAGGGUUGCAAUAUUCCGGAAACUUUCAAUAAAUUACCAGAUUUUCCAGAAAUCCUGUUUGGAGGAAUCAGGAGGGAAUAAGCAGGAAAUCCGGAAUCCUCCAACCAGGAUUUCUGGAAAAUCUGGGAAUUUAUUGAACGUUUCCUGAAUUUUGCAACCCUACUCAAGACCUGGUCUAUACACUUGAUAUUAGAACAGUGUGAAAGUAGAGCAAUGUUAGGUAUCUUGAAUCAUGUGUCAGAUAAGAUAGUACUUAAUUUCUCUGGUAUUUGAAUGGUUUUGGUCUGGUUUGUCUCUGUCAGUGUCUUCCUGGGUACCACGGGGUGAACUGCUCCAAGGAGAUCAACGAAUGUCUGUCUCAGCCCUGUCAGCACGGGGGCACCUGCAUCGACCUCAUCAAUACCUACAAAUGCUCCUGUCCCAGAGGAACACAAGGUACACACUAGCGCAUGCACACACACACAAAGGCAAUCUCAUAAAAAUCUCUCAUCAGUCUACCACUGAAAAACAAGCACAGAACAGUUAGUAGCAGCAUAUUAUUCAUGUAUUUCCAUUCGGUAGUAGACUAAGAGGAGCUCUAUGCUAAAUUACAUAGAAUUAGAUGCAUGUAAUUCUAUUUCUAUACUGAAUUCCACCUAAUCCUCAGCCCACCCCUUCCCCAGGCAUUCACUGUGAGAUCAACCUGGACGACUGCAACCCCUCUAUGGACCCUCUGACCAACGAGCCCAAGUGUUUCAACAAGGGUCAGUGUGUGGACAGAGUGGGGGGCUACCACUGCAUGUGUCCCGCUGGCUACGUAGGGGAGCGCUGCGAGGGUGACGUCAACGAGUGCCUGUCGGACCCCUGCGACCCGCGAGGCUCCUACAACUGUGUCCAGCUCACCAACAGCUACCGCUGCGAGUGUCGCACUGGAUACACAGGUACUGACCAUACCCUACGCACCUAAAAUAAAUUGGAUUAUUCUGUGUUUAUGACAGAUUUUACACAACAAUGAAAAAAACAAACAUUGUCCACACAUUUGUAAUGUACAUAAAUAACAGACAUUGUUCUCCCUCUCAACUCCAGGCCAGCGCUGUGACAAGGUGUUUGACGGCUGUAAGGGGAGACCGUGUAGGAACGGAGGAUCGUGUGCAGUGGCCAGUAACAACCCCGAUGGAUUCAUCUGCAAAUGCCCACCGGUGAGCACAUUUACAUUUGAGUCAUUUAACAGACACUCUCAUCCAGAGCGAUUUACAGUUGUGAGUGCAUACAUUUUAGUAAUGGUCCCCGUGUGAAUCGAACCCACAACCCUGGCAUUGCAAGCGCCUUGCUCUACCAACCGAGCCACACACCACUGACCAGAACACAAACUCUAAAUUCACCCUGGCCAUAAUGGCAACAUAUUCCCCAUAUAGAGCAAAAGGGAACAGGGUGACAUUUUUGACGUAGCCCCUGGCUCCCUCUGUAUUUCCAUCCACAAUUUAGCAUCUCAUUUAGCAUAAUUAUUUACAGUGGGGGAAAAAAGUAUUUAGUCAGCCACCAAGUUCUCCCACUUAAAAAGAUGAGAGAGGCCUGUAAUUUUCAUCAUAGGUACACGUCAACUAUGACAGACAAAAUGAGAAAAAUAAAUCCAGAAAAUAACAUUGUAGGAUUUUUUAUGAAUUUAUUUGCAAAUUAUAAUAAUAAAUAAUAUGCCAUUUAGCAGACACUUUUAUCCAAAGCGACUUACAGUCAUGCGUGCAUACAUUUUUUGUGUAUGGGUGGUCCCGGGGAUCGAACCCACUACCUUGGCGUUACAAGCGCCGUGCUCUACCAGCUGAGCUACAGAGGACCACCCAUACACAAAAUUCCACCCAUUAUGGUGGAAAAUAAGUAUUUGGUCAAUAACAAAAGUUUCUCAAUACUUUGUUAUAUACCCUUUGUUGGCAAUGACACAGGUCAAAUGUUUUCUGUAAGUCUUCACACACUGUUGCUGGUAUUUUGGCCCAUUCCUCCAUGCAGAUCUCCUCUAGAGCAGUGAUGUUUUGGGGCUGUCGCUGGGCAACACAGACUUUCAACUCCCUCCAAAGAUUUUCUAUGGGGUUGAGAUCUGGAGACUGGCUAGGCCACUCCAGGACCUUGAAAUGCUUCUUACGAAGCCACUCCUUCGUUGCCCGGGCGGUGUGUUUGGGAUCAUUGUCAUGCUGAAAGACCCAGCCACGUUUCAUCUUCAAUGCCCUUGCUGAUGGAAGGAGGUUUUCACUCAAAAUCUCACGAUACAUGGCCCCAUUCAUUCUUUCCUUUACAUUUACAUUUUAGUCAUUUAGCAGACGCUCUUAUCCAGAGCGACUUACAGUUAGUGAAUACAUAUAUAUUUUUUUUUUUAUACUGGCCCCCCGUGGGAAUCGAACCCACAACCCUGGCGUUGCAAACGCUAUGCUCUAUCAACUGAGCUACAUCCCUGCCGGUCAUUCCCUCCCCUACCCUGGACGAAUUGUGCGCCGCCCAUGAGUCUCCCGGUCGCGGCCGGCUGCGACAGAGCCUGGAUUCGAACCAGGAUCUAGUGGCACAGUUAGCACUGCGAUGCAGUGCCUUAGACCACUGCGCCACUCAGGAGUCACGGAUCAGUCGUCCUGGUCCCUUUGCAGAAAAACAGCCCCAAAGCAUGAUGUUUCCACCCCCAUGCUUCACAGUAGGUAUGGUGUUCUUUGGAUGCAACUCAACAUUCUUUGUCCUCCAAACACGACGAGUUGAGUUUUUACCAAAAAGUUCUAUUUUGGUUUCAUAUGACCAUAUGACAUUCUCCCAAUCCUCUUCUGGAUCAUCCAAAUGGACUCUAGCAAACUUCAGACGGGCCUGGACAUGUACUGGCUUAAGCAGGGGGACACGUCUGGCACUGCAGGAUUUGAGUCCCUGGCGGCGUAGUGUGUUACUGAUGGUAGGCUUUGUUACUUUGGUCCCAGCUCUCUGCAGGUCAUUCACUAGGUCCCCCCGUGUGGUUCUGGGAUUUUUGCUCACCGUUCUUGUGAUCAUUUUGACCCCACGGAGUGAGAUCUUGCGUGGAGUCCCAGAUCGAGGGAGAUUAUCAGUGGUCUUGUAUGUCUUCCAUUUCCUAAUAAUUGCUCCCACAGUUGAUUUCUUCAAACCAAGCUGCUUACCUAUUGCAGAUUCAGUCUUCCCAGCCUGGUGCAGGUCUACAAUUUUGUUUCUGGUGUCCUUUGACAGCUCUUUGGUCUUGGCCAUAGUGGAGUUUGGAGUGUGACUGUUUGAGGUUGUGGACAGGUGUCUUUUAUACUGAUAACAAGUUCAAACAGGUGCCAUUAAUAUAGGUAACGAGUGGAGGACAGAGGAGCCUCUUAAAGAAGAAGUUACAGGUCUGUGAGAGCCAGAAAUCUUGCUUGUUUGUAGGUGACCAAAUACUUAUUUUCCACCAUAAUUUGCAAAUAAAUUCAUUAAAAAUCCUACAAUGUGAUUUUCUGGAUUUUUUUCCCUCAAUUUGUCUUUCAUAGUUGACGUGUACCUAUGAUGAAAAUGACAGGCCUCUCUCAUCUUUUUAUGUGGGAGAACUUGCACAAUUGGUGGCUGACUAAAUACUUUUUUCCCCCACUGUAUGUGUUUGAUUAACUUUGUCUCUUUUUUGUAUAUCUUUGUGGAAAGGGAGCGGUUUGGCGAUGCAAAGUAAACGUGUGUGCCAACAGACUGUUUUAAGGUACAACCUCAUCUGACCCAUCUCUGUGUGUGUCUCUCCAGGGCUACACAGGCUCCUCCUGCGAGUAUGACUCACGCUUCUGUGGCAGCCUCAGCUGCAGAAAUGGUGGCACCUGUGUCUCCGGCCACCUGAGCCCUCGUUGCCUGUGCCCCGCCGCUUUUACCGGCCCUGAGUGCCAGACUCCCACGGACAGCCCCUGCAACGUCAACCCCUGCUACAACGAGGGCACUUGCCAGAGCACCCCUGACGCACCCUUCUUCCACUGCAGCUGCCCCAACAACUUCAAUGGCCUGCUCUGUCACAUCCUUGAUUACUCCUUUCCCGGUGGGUUCGGCCGGGAUAUUACGCCACCACCCGAGGUGGAGGUGAGCUGCGAGAUCCCGCAGUGCGACGAGUGGGCGGGCAACCACAUCUGUGACUCGCUGUGCAACAACCACGCCUGCGGCUGGGACGGCGGCGACUGCUCGCUCAACUUCGAUGACCCAUGGCAGAACUGCUCGGCGGCGCUGCAGUGCUGGCGGUACUUCAACGACGGGAAGUGCGAUGAGCAGUGCAACAGCCCUGGGUGUCUCUACGACGGCUUCGACUGCCAGGGACAGGAGGGACAGUGCAAGUGAGUCUCAGUCCGCCUCGAAUAUGUCUGUUCCAUCUCAACCUCUCACUAUCUCACUAUGCCCAGUCUCAAACCUAUUUCACUCUCAGAUGAUUAUUAAAACAUAUUAAACCAUGAAAGAAGGAUGAUGAUAUGUUGUGUUUGUAAGAAUGAUGAACAUUGUCUACUUCCAACUCCUUACGAGUCUACAUAUCCAAGCAAUCUUUUCUAAUCUACCUACUUUCUACAUUCCUACCUCAUCCAAUUCCUCUGGCCUUAGUUAACUUAAGUGCUAAUCCUAAUGUUGACCAUGUUAAUGCUCUCUCUCCCCAGCCCACUGUAUGACCAGUACUGUAAGGACCACUACGCGGACGGCCACUGCGACCAGGGCUGUAACAACGCAGAGUGCGAGUGGGACGGCCUGGACUGCGCCAACAACAUGCCCGAGAAGCUAGCUGACGGCCACCUCGUCCUUGUGGUCCACAUCCCUCCCGAGCAGUUAAAAAAUGGUUUUUCCACGUUCCUCCGUGAGCUCAGCACCGUUUUACACACCAACGUGGUGUUCCGGCGCGACGCCAACGGAGAGCCCAUGGUGUUCCCCUACUACGGCAGCGAGCAGGAGCUGGCCAAGCACAACAUGAAGCGUUCCACCGACAGCUGGCCCGACUGGGCGGUCGUGCCGGCCAACAUGCUGGGCCAGGUGAAGGAGAGCGUGGAGUCCAUGGUAAACCCUCCCCGCCGGCGCCGCGAGCUGGACCUCAUGCAGGUCAAAGGGUAGGUACACACACUUGUUCACUUUGUUAUACAUUGCUCAGUGACACGCAUUCAAUGAUACACACACAAAUGCACCCACAGUCGCUUGCUCACUCACUCACUCAAACACUCACUCAGACAUUACUUGUUCAGUCUUUCCACAGAAUUGUCCUUAGAUUUGAUAUUAGAGAGGAGAGUCAGAAGAGGACUUGAUUGUUCAAGUGAAUCCUUUCCUUCCCUCUUAUUGGUCGAAUUAACUCUCCCCUUUUCUGGUAGGUCGGUGGUAUACCUGGAGAUUGAUAACCGCCAGUGCUACCAGCAGUCCACGGAAUGCUUCCAGAGCGCCACCGACGUCGCCGCGUUCCUGGGAGCACUGGCCUCCAGCGGGAAUCUCAAUGUUCCUUACAUUGAGGCCGUCACCAGUAAGUACCAACAUACAGUAUCUCUCCAGCUGAAAUACUCUCCAUUCAAAAAUCUCUCUCUCAUAAAAUAUGACUGUAUGAAAGUAUGAAAAUAGACCAAUAACUACUUUAAUGCUUGUGAUUUAGAUGAUGAUGAUGGUCACUUUAUUUGUAUCCAUUAGGAAAAAUGUCUGUGUCAUACAGCAUGCCAAUAUACAGAUAUUCACAUAGACAUACGUAGAGCACAUAAACAUUACAUACAUAGUACAAGAGUCGUAACCCCAUUCUGACAUGCUGUACUCUCCCUGCCCCUCUCUCCCAGGUGUGCAGCCCACCCCUGCAUCCUCUGAGCUAUACCCCAUGUACGUGGUGUUCCUGGGGCUGGCUGUGCUGGGCUUCAUCUGCCUGGGGGUGCUGGUGUCGCGAAAACGCCGACGGGAGCACGGACAGCUCUGGUUCCCUGAGGGCUUCAAAGUGUCUGAGCCCAGCAAGAAGAAACGCAGAGAGCCCGUAGGAGAGGACUCUGUGGGACUCAAGUAAGUGUGUCUGUGCGUGCGUGUGUGUGUUUCAUGUGUGGCUUAUCUAACUGGUCUUUCCUAUGUCCAUCAGGCCACUGAAGAACAUUUUGGACAUUUCUCUGAUGGACGACAGCCAGAAUGGAUUGUGGGGAGAGGAGGAGCCAGACUCUAGACGCUUUAGGGUAAGAGAUCAUCUGAAACCUACACAGACCAUGUACAACCACUAAAUGUAUAAAAUAGUGUACACAUCUGGAAAUUGUUGAAUUAAUGUUAAAUACAUAAACAGAUAAUUGCCUUUGCCUGCAUAAUGUGUAUUGUGUGGUCACAGGGAUUGUACGGUAGUUGAUGGACCAUGUUUGUCUCUGUGUUAGUUGGAGGAGCCGGCCAUGUUGGACCUGGAUGACCGCACUGACCACAGACAAUGGACCCAGCAGCACCUGGACGCGGCUGACCUGCGGAUCCCUUCCAUCGCCCCCACGCCUCCACAGGGAGAGAUCGAGAAUGACUGCAUGGACGUCAAUGUCCGAGGCCCAGGUGUGUGAGGAUCUCUCUCUUCUCAAUUUUUUCUCUCUUCUCUCUCUGGCAUACCCCCCUUGUCACAUGACUUGUCCCGUGUAGCUCAGUUGGUAGAGCAUGGCGCUUGCAAUGCCAGGGUUGUGGGUUCGAUUCCCACAGGGGGCCAGUAUGAAAAUGUAUGCACUCACUUAACUGUAAGUCGCUCUGUAUAAGAGCGUCUGCUAAAUGACUAAAAUGUAAAAUGUAAAUGUAGAAGUAACAUUAAAGAUGUCCUCCAGUGAUUAAAAAAACAUACCUUUUCCUGUUGAAAUGGGAUAUCCCAAGUAUAAAUAAAUUAAAGUGCACACACUAAAGGGUAAAUCAAUAUGUUAUGAGCUAAAUAAUGUUUUUUAGACACAACUGCAAACUUCAAGGAGUAGGGCAUUCAAGGAGUUGGUCUGAUGGGAAUUUGUGAUGUCAUUGGCCUCCACCCUUGCUUGAGGGACAAUAGAGGAGCAAUAACGAAAACAAAAGAGCAAAGGCCCAUACCCCCACGCCCACCUAUUGAGAUGUGCCUUUUGUUAAGUAAAUCAGGUGUUAAAUGAGGUGAAAAGGAGUCUGGAGUGCCACUCCAUGCCAUUCCGUUUAAAUAAAGUAUUUCCCCUCGGUCCUAAUGUGUGUUUUUUUUUUCUCUAUCUACCACCCUUUCUCUCCCUCCAUCCAUCUCUCCGUCCAUCCCUCUCUCAGACGGUUUCACUCCUCUAAUGAUCGCAUCGUGCAGCGGAGGAGGCCUGGAGAUUGGGAACAGUGAGGAGGAGGAGGACCCUUCGGCUGAGAUCAUCUCUGACUUCAUCUACCAGGGCGCCAACCUGCACAACCAGACGGACCGCACGGGUGAGACCGCUCUUCACCUAGCCGCCCGCUACGCCCGUUCCGACGCCGCCAAGCGACUGCUGGAGUCCACGGCCGACGCCAACGUCCAGGACAACAUGGGGCGCACUCCGCUGCACGCCGCCGUGGCCGCAGACGCACAGGGAGUCUUCCAGGUACUACUACAGUACUCUAGUAGUAGUGCUCCUUUGAAUUAAUAAAUACAUUCAUUUUAUAUGCCACUUUUCAUUUGUGGACUAUCAAAAUGCUUUUCUAAAGCAUGUGCAAAAAGGUGCAUUUACGUGAAUUGAAAAUGAUAUUAUAUACAAUGCCAUAUGUAGCAUUCCCUAUUACCAGUUAAGCAUUUGGACUUUGCUCUCAGAUUUAGCCUGUACUGUACAUGUUCACUAAAGGUGUCUGUCUUUUCGUUCAGAUUCUCAUCCGGAAUCGGGCCACUGAUCUUGACGCCCGCAUGCAUGACGGAACGACUCCUCUGAUCCUGGCCGCCCGAUUGGCUGUGGAAGGCAUGGUGGAUGAGCUUAUUAACUGCCAUGCUGAUGCCAACGCCAUCGAUGACUUUGGUAGGUUACACUGAUUUUACUUUGGUUGUAUUCACAUCAUAUCUCCCACACAGUGUACUAAUGGAAUUUGCCCUUAACCGGCUGACCCAUCUUCAUGGACUGUAGCCCUCAUGGUCUAGGAAUUUGCAGGUUAUUUGAAUUUGUAUUAAAUCAUCAUUCCUUUUAUUUUUUUUAUUUUUUUCUCCAGGUAAAUCUGCCCUUCAUUGGGCUUCAGCUGUCAACAACGUGGAUGCUGCCAUGGUGUUGCUGAAGAAUGGCGCCAACAAAGACAUGCAGAACAACAAGGUGAAAAACAUGGCUCACACAUCUCACACAAACAUGGCUCUUACAUCUCACACUAGUUGACACACUAGUGAAACUACUACUUGCCAACUUGUGUAGUUGUUAUGUGUGUAAUUGUUACAUGCUCAAUGGUGUAUUUCGAAAUGUUGAGAAAUAUACUAAAAGCUCAUUGUGCAAUGUCAUUCCAGUAAAUGCCACCAUUGUUCAGGGGAUCAAAGAAUAAUCACAAUCGAAUGUAAAAUAAAGUAUUGUAUUAAAACAUUUUCUCACUCACUGUUUGCUGUCUCUCUAGGAGGAAACUCCUCUCUUUCUGGCAGCCAGAGAGGGCAGUUACGAGACGGCCAAGGUGCUGCUGGAGCACUUUGCCAACCGCGAGAUCACCGACCACCUGGACCAGCUGCCCCGGGACAUCGCCCAGGAGCGAAUGCACCAUGACAUCAUCCAUCUGCUCGAUGAGUACAACCUGGUGAGGAGCCCAGGGCUCCAUAAUGGGACCCUGAGCGCCACCAGCCUGUCCCCACCUCUGUGCUCCCCCAACGGAUACCUGGGCAGCCUCAAGCCCACCGCCUUGGGCAAGAAGGUCCGCAAGCCAGGCUUUGGAGGGAAGGACGGCGGCAAAGAUAUGAGGAUACGGAAGAAGAAGUCCCUGGACGGGAAGGGCAGUCUGCUGGACAGCUCGGCCGUCCUCUCGCCCGUCGACUCCCAGGAGUCGCCCCACGGGUACCUGUCCGACGUGGCGUCGCCGCCGAUGACGUCGCCAUUCCAGCAGUCUCCGCCCAUGUCGUUCAACCACCUGCAAGGCAGUGGAGACAGCCACCUGGGUCAGAUGGGCAUGGGCAUGGGCAAGGGGCAGGACAUUGGGCGUAUGCCCUUUGACCCGAACCCUCCCCGCCUGUCCCACCUGCCCGUUUCCAGCCCCGGCAGCCAGGGAACCAUCACUAUGGCCAUGGGCGGCGCUGGGGGUAGAGGACAGUGUGAUUGGCACUCCAGGAUGCACCCGGGUCUCGGGCAGCAGGGCGGCUUCAACCAAGGCCUUCCCAUGAUGGCUCCCCUCCACGGGGUCCCCACCGCCACCCUGUCCAGGAUCAUGGGCUACCAGGGCCUGCAGACCAGUCAUCUGGGCACGCCGCCCCACCUCAUGCAGCAGAUGCACUCCCGGCAGAACCCACAGCUCCAGCAUCAGAACUCCAACUCCACCACAGCCGGCCAGGUCCUGAGCCAGAGCUUCCUGAGCAGCGAGCUGAGCGGCUCGGACCUGCAGCAAGGCAACGGGGCAGGCCGCUCGGUCGCUAUCCACACCAUCCUCCCCCAGGAGACCCAGAUUCUCGGCACACAGUUCCUCACCCCACCCUCCCAGCACAGCUAUUCCAGCCCUAUGGACAACACACCCAAUCACCAGCUGCAGGUGCCUGACCACCCCUUUCUAACUCCCUCCCCCGGAUCCCCUGACCAAUGGUCCAGCUCCUCUCCACAUUCCAAUAUGUCUGAUUGGUCAGAGGGCAUCUCCAGUCCACCAAUGAGUUUGCAUUCUCAGAUGGGCCUUAUCCCUAACCAGUUUAAGUAG